AUGUCCCCGGCAUCAAGCGCGAAAACAUGGCUUCUUCAGUUAUUUGGCGUCUUCACAGCCGCCAAUCAUAACCCGGCCGAAGCUCCAGCGGCUCUUACAGCUGAGCCUGCCCAGCUCCAAUUUCGUACGGAUACCGACAGUUCGGAUACUCUGACCCUCCCAGGUGGAAGAAAUCUCGGGUAUGCACAAUAUGGCUCGUUGAACGGACGGCCUAUAUUUUUUGUGCAUGGCUUUCCAGGCUCUCGCCUAGAGGGUGCCGGCUUUCACGAGCUAGGCUUGGAGUUCGGCGCCCGUAUUAUUGCGGUGGACAGGCCUGGUAUAGGGCGGAGCUCACCACACCCCAAUCGAACACUACUCGAUUAUCCGAAGGACUUGGAACAUCUUGCAGACCAUCUUGGACUUGAUCGGUAUAGUGUUUUGGUACGAGCAUCCUAUGGUUCCUAA